CGAGUCCCCCGAGGCGAGGGCGAAGCGACUCGCGGCGUUCGUCGACCAGCAGACCAAGUCCCCCAAGGCGAAGCGAUUCCUGAAGUGGUACGACAGGUACACCGUCGCGCUGUGCGGCGCCGCGGCGGUCGCGUACGGGCUGCAGCAGUACUUCCCAGAGUAUUUCCCCACCGCGCCGGACGCGUCGGCGGUGCUCUCAUCAGCGAGCUCGGACGACGACCGACCGACGCCGCGCGACCCUUGAUGCCCCGCGCGCGUCGUCGCCGGCACCGCGCGUAGAGACUCGACUCCCAACAUGGGUCCCGCGCUCGAACCCGAAGCCUCCGAAGCCUCCCCGGCCGCGUCCGGCGCGCGCGUCGCCGCGCCGUACGUCCGAGCCUUCCUUUUCAUCACGUCGCUCAAGCUGCUCCUGGUGCCGUGCUACAAGAGCACCGACUUCGAGGUGCACCGAAACUGGCUCGCCGUCUGCUCGCGACCCGUCUCGCGUUGGUACGUCGACGCGACGUCGGAGUGGACGCUCGAUUACCCCCCGCUGUUCGGAUGGUUCGCGCGCCUGGUGAGCAUCGCCGCGCGCCGCGUCGACCCCGGGAUGCUGACGCUGUCGAGCGCGCCGUACGAUUCGCCGGCGACGACGACGUUCAUGCGUUGCAGCGUGAUCGCGAGCGACGCGCUCCUCGCGGCGGGCGCGUUCGCGUGGACGAACGGUCGCGGUCGCCAGCGCCAGCGCGCGAUCGCGACGAUCCUCGUGCUUCUCAACCCGGGGCUGCUGCUCGUGGACCACGUCCACUUCCAGUACAACGGGGCGCUGUUCGGAUUGCUGUCGUGCGCGCUCGCGGCGGUCAGAGCGCGCCGGCCCGUCCUCGCCGCGGCGCUGUUCAGCGCGCUCGUGCACGCGAAGCACUUCGCCGCCGUCGCGAUCGCCGUCACCGCGGCGUCCUUCGGCCCCGUCGUCGCCUCCGGGACGUUCUCCGCGAUGCUCGCGCGGCUGUUCCCGUUCGGAAGAGGGCUAUCGCACGCGUACUGGGCGCCCAACGCGUGGGCGCUGUACAACUUUACGGAUAAAUGCCUCGCCGCGGCGGCUCGGAAACUCGGCGUCGGCGCGACGGACGCGCCGAAAGCGCACCUCGUCGGCGGGAUGGCGGGGCACGGCGGCACCGGCGCGCAGACGCACGCGGUGUUGCCGACGAUCACGCCGGGUAUGACGUUCGCGUUGACGGCGCUCUUUUCGGCGCCGGCGCUCGCGGCGCACUGGAGAGCCGCGCUGCGCGUGCUCUCGCACGCGACCCUCUGCGCGUUCACGUUCGGGUGGCACGUCCACGAGAAGGCGUCGCUCAUGGCGACGAUACCGCUCGCGCUCGCGCUCGCGGCGGACGCCGACUCCGCCGGCAGAGCGGGGGAGUUUUGGCUGCUGUCCACGACGUCGUCGUACGCGCUGUCGCCGCUGCUGUUCCAGCCUCGGGAGUGGCCGAUCAAGAUCCUCGUCCUUCUCAUCGGCGCGAUCGUCUCGCGGCGCGUCCUCGAGACCGUCGUCGAGGACAAGGCGAGAGCGGAGGGCGUCGCCGACGCCGACGGCGGCGGCGAAGAGUGGACCCUGCUGCGGUCGACGUCGCAUCGCGCGUACGUCGUCUACGGUCUCCCCGCGCUCGAGCUGUACGUCAGCGUCGGUCAUCGGCUCGUUUUCGGGGAGGACGCGCUCGAGUUUUUGCCCCUGAUGCUCACGUCGACGUACUGCGCGGUGGGCGUCGUCGGCGUGUUCGCGAAGCAGUGGAUCGCGUACGUCAGAGAAGUCUUCGAGUAG